AUGAACGCCAGGCCACCCGAGUACGACGACACGACCAGUAGCUGGAGCACUUACCAUGUCCGUUUGGAGGCCUUUUUUGAGGACCAUGUCAUCACAGAUCCAGGAAAAUGGCGUGCGCUUCUGGUAUCGGCACUAAGUGACAGCGUUGUUCGCGUGCUUCAGGGGCAGUGCCAGUCAGAAUCGGUGAACAGCCUUAGCUAUGACGCCGUCGUACAGCUGCUGGACAACCACUUCGAUCCCCAAGCUAACGAGAUUGCAGCGAGCUACGCUUUUUUCAUGCGGAAUCAAGCAGAAGGCGAAAAGGUACGGGACUAUAUCACUGACCAGAGACGUCUCGCAAAGGAUUGCAAUUUGGAGAAGUUUUUGGACCGCAUGUUGCGGGAUCAGAUUGUCUGCGGAAUCCGUGACGAACAAGCUCGACGACACAUGUUGUCGCAAAGGAAGUUGAAUUUGGCUGAGGCAGAGGCUUUUGCUCUAGCUGCAGAAACGGCGGAAACAAAUGUGCGGGCUAUGCAAGAGAGGAGCUUCAACGACAAUGUUGUCGACAAUUUUGUACAGAGGCACAGGAUGAAUCCGCAGAAAUCCGGACAAGGCUAUGCAUCCAUGACCGAGUCUACUCAAUGCUGGAGAUGGGGCUCGAACCAUGCUUCGGAAAUGUGCAGGCACAGGAAAGCGACGUGCCACAAGUGCGGCAGGAAGGGACACUUGGCGAGAAAGUGCUCCAGCGGUCGCGGUAACCCCUCGGGAACUUGCGCUGUGAAGGAGCUAGACGGCGGUGAAGAAGAAAUACUCUACGCUUUGGUGGCUCACAGCUACAGUAGCAACGAAUUCGUUCGGCCAUUCGAAAGGGAUCUCAUCUGGAAGGGUCGGAAACUACGCAUGCUGGUAGAUACGGGAUCCACUAUCAGCGUAAUUCCAAAGAAGGCCGACGCUGGAGGCGACUUCACUGCGCCUCACGUGCUUCCUGGGGCCGCUGCCGGUCCUUGGCCGAGUGACUAUGAAAGUCAAAUGCGGUAA